UCAGCCCAACAAUCAUUGAAAACAUAUUUGAUUAAAAACCUAACAAAUGGCAACCGUCGAAGCUAAACACAGUCUGCAUAGUGGAAUAUUUCACCCUUUAUUGCGACAAUGGCAAUCACCGAACGUCGAAAUUACAGCGAAGAAUCUGAUGUAUCCGAUAUUUAUAUUAGAUGAACCCAAUGCUAAGGACCAUAUUCCAAGUAUGCCUGGAGUAUAUCGGUAUGGAAUAAAUGUUUUAAAAGAAAUAUUGGAGCCAUUGAUAGCAAAGGAGCUGCAAUCAGUUUUGUUGUUCGGUGUUCCAAGUCACUUGACCAAGGACAAAACAGGUUCCAAUGCAGAUAGCAGUGAAAAUCCAGUAAUGCAAGCAAUACCGUUACUUCGAAAGUGGUUUCCUAAUCUGUUAAUCGCUUGCGAUGUUUGCUUAUGUGCUUAUACUGAACAUGGGCAUUGCGGAAUACUACACACUGACGGUGGCAUCAAUAACGAAGCUAGCAUCCAACGUAUUAGCGAGAUUGCUGUCAAAUAUGGUCAAGCUGGAGCACACGUCGUGGCACCUUCAGACAUGAUGGAUGGUCGAAUCGGAGCAAUAAAGAAAGCUUUAGCCGCUGCUGAUUUGCCAAAUAAAGUUACAGUUUUAUCCUACGCUGUCAAAUUUGCAUCAGGUUUUUACGGGCCCUUCAGAGAUGCCUCAAAGUCUGCUCCGCAAUUUGGAGACAGAAAAUGCUACCAGCUACCGCCAGGUAGUAAUGGGCUUGCAGCAAGAGCGGCUGCUAGAGAUGUAGCAGAAGGUGCUGACAUGCUCAUGGUGAAGCCAGGUUUAGCAUACUUGGAUAUAGUUCGGAAAAUUAAAGAUGCCCAUCCUGAGUACCCACUUUUUGUUUACCAAGUGUCUGGUGAAUAUGCAAUGCUUUACCAUGGAGCUCAGAAUGGAGCACUUGAUUUAGAAAGUGUACUAUAUGAAGUAUUGACAGCGAUGCGAAGAGCCGGUGCUGAUUGUAUUAUCACUUACUUUGUGCCGCUAAUUUUGGAUAUGUUAAAACCAAAAAGCAAAUAUUAGUUCCUGUUAGUGAAAUUCUGUAUAUUUAUACAAUGGGCUAGUAAUUUUCUCGGGAUUGAUUCAAUACCAAAAUA